AUGUCGCAGUUUUAUUGGCAGUUGCAAACGAAUACACAGCAACAAGAAAGGAAUGACGCAAAGGAUAUCAGUGAAGUAUCACAAGAACAACAACAACAACAACAACCAUCGUAUUGGUGGCAUCAGCAGGAUCAAACUGGAACGGAUCCAUAUAGCGCGGCAGUAUUUGAAGGUUUUCGAGCAUCAUCCGGUGAUGUUAGUCAAAUAAGAAGUUGGCAAACACCUAAUAUUCCCAGCACAUUUUCCACUCAACAGCAAUCGGAAAAAUUUCCUGAGGAAAAAACGGCUUCACUGGAAAUUCGUGAGCAAAAAAAUGAGCAGGGAGGACCAUAUUCGUUUGGUAUUCAUCAACCGAUCUUGGACUUCAAACGUCGCACUGUUGCAGAAGGUAAGGAAGCAAUUGACGAAAAGUAUAAUGAUCAGCAUGAUAAAGUGAAACUGAUUUCUGGCGAUGACGCGGAAGGUAAUGUGGCGGCAGGUGCAUUACUGCUAGAAGAAAAAGAGCAAGCAGUAAAUGAGACUGAAAGUGAUGUACCAGUAGUAGCAGUGACUCAGGUCACUCCUGUAAUAGCAACAUCCAUUUCUACUGCGACUGAAACAUCAUUUUCUGCUGAUACUUUGUCCUGUAAUCAAACAAUCUCAACAACUGUUUCUCCUGUAAACAUCGCUCGUGUUGAUCCUAUUUCUAACAACAGCGAUCCUUCCGAAUUUUCAGUGAAUCGUGUUGUUACAACAUUACAAUCAGUCAUUCCUAGCCCGCAGAUACCUUCACUUACAUCAGUUGCAAAUAGUGCUCGUAGUACUCCAUUAUUAUUAAAUAAAGAAACUGAUGAAACACAAAAUACUGCUGGUAUCGAGGAGACAUCAACUGUUUCGAACAUUGUAUCUGCAACGAAUUCUCAGGAGCCGAAUGCUGCUGUAGUAUCAGUGAAGCGACUUGAAUCGGUUAUGCGUAGUGCUUCCAAUCAGUUAAGGAAAGUGGUUAAUGCGGAUUCCAAUUCACUUCCAACUGAUGUCAUGCAGGAGAUACGAACUGAGAAUGAAUUACGACAAAUUGUAAAGGAGGGUACUACAGAGCAUAACACUGUGAUAUCGACAUCAGAACAAUCCACGGAUUCAACUGUAGAUUCUAUUAGCAGACCUGCUGGAAAACAUUGGAAUUCUAAAAAUGUUCGAGACCGAUAUCGCAUUAUUCGCCAGCAAUACCCGGAAGUGAUUAAACGACUGGAUCGUUUGAAAAUGGAAACUCAUAAUUUGGAUUGGCACCAGAUGCAUAAAGCUCCAUUAGUAGAAGUAGACGAAAAUGCUCAUAGGAUACCAAGCAGAAAACAAAAGAAUUCAGUAGCGGUAGGUAUCGAUUCCAAUUUUACUGCGAAUUCGAAGAAUGUUGAACCGAUAUCGGAUUCUCGACCUUCUUCUAAAAUGAAUCAUUCAUAUACGCUUCCCGAUCGCAUGGGCAUGAGUUCUGAAAAUAGCUCGGUGAAAAAUGAUGUUUAUUAUGGGGAAGAUUUUGUUAAUUCACUUCGUCGAACUCGUCAUACUCGUACUCGGGAACAUGAUUAUUUUUUAUCACGUGGUACUAAAUCAGAGAUGGGUGAGAUAGGACCAUAUAGAGGUCCUGCACUUGCUAAAUAUAAACAUAUGAUGCAACAUACAUAUGGCUAUAAUUCUUCAACCGGUUAUCAGUCAAACGAGCAUUACCCAAGUGGUAGGCAUUCAUUGGGGCCUCAUCUUGGACGACGUGUAGCUCAUGAAUUAGCCAUGAUGUAUGAUGGCGAUAACGUUGCAAUGCGACGACCCCAGUCUUCAUUUGAUGCUCCAUAUUCAAAAUAUCAACAAUUGAAUGAAUUCGCUCAGGACAGUCGUCAAAAUCAUGAAGGGGAACAUUCGUUCGAGAAUAGGGAUGGAAGUAGUGGAAGUGACAGUGAAAUGGAGCGAAUCCAUAAUAAACAGGAAAUGGCACGGCAAGCUGCUGCAAUUCGUUACGAUUCAUUACCUUUAACAGCUCCAAAUGAGUUUUACUAUUUUGGUGUAAUACAGUUGCCACAGGAACGCGUGGAGUACAUAAUGCGUAGAUUACCUCCUCCUCCAGAAUAUUUCCAAUUGCCUGCAAUCGAAAAAGCAGCUUAUUUGUUUUAUUGUGUUCUCUAUCGUCAUCACUUUCUUUCAGUGGAUCUAUUUCAUAAAAAAUUCAAUCGAGAAUUUUUUAGCUAUAUGUGUGAAGGAGAUUCAGCUGAAAUUGCACUUUGGAAGAUUUGUAAACAUACACAAGAUGAAUAUAUUGCUAAACGUUCGAUAAAUCAAUUGAAGGCUUAUGAAAUGUCUCAAAAACAGUUGUUUAGUGAUGAGCAUGAAACACUUGAUAGCAGACAAAGUGAACGAGGAAGCCGAUGUGAUGUUGAAGAUGACAGUGAUCAACUGAGCAUCGAUUCUGCUGCUAAAGAACCAAUGAAAUUUCGUGUGCCACACUCAUUUCUAAGAUUUGGUGUUGGUGGAAAGGCAAUUAUUCUAAAUGUUCAGAAUUCGGAAAAUAUCCUAGAGAUACGUGAUCUGAAAAGUUUAUUUGGUAAUGAAAAACUAUUGCGUAUUUCGAAUGCAAUUGAAUCAUUCCGAGGUCCUCUGAUUGCCGGAUUCACUCCAACUCAUUCUGUACACCUUUACAUACAACGUCAAAUUGAGUUAAUUCUCAAAUCGGAAACUUAUCUUGCAAACCCAUCAAAUAGUUUAGAAAGCGACUGUCUUUUAAUAUGGCAACUUCUAGAAAUGCUUGUGCAACAACAAGGGCGAAUAACGGGUCCUGAUUUGUCACGGUUAUUAAUGGCCACUUAUGACGUGCCUGAGCAGCGACGACAUGGCAAAGAAAAGUCAAGUUUGCAUAGUACAAACUUCAAUGAAUGUUCUGUGGAUUCUAAAGCGUAUGAUCGUUUCACACAACUUCUUAUUGGUGGUCAUAUUAAAGAAGCUCUUGAAAGUGCAAUUAAGGAUGGUUUGUAUUCGGAUGCAAUGAUUUUGGCACGUCGUAUGUGUGCCAAUGAGCCACAAGAACUUGAAAAAGUUGAAACAGCCUUUUUGUCGCAGCGAUCAGAAAUGAAUCCUGUAAUGACUCUUCUAUCAGUUGCAAAUGGGCAACCGGCUCCGGUUCUGACAAGUCCACCGAUGGAUGAAACAAAUAGUUGGCGUUCACAUGCAGCUAUAGUACUAGCUAAUUUAAAUAAUCCAGUAGCUCUUGGGACAGUACAUCAACUUGGCUGUGUGCUUGCUCGUCGUGGAUUACAUGCUGCGGCUGAUUUUUGUUUCUUAGCAGUCAGUCUUUUGUUACCCAGCUAUAAUCCAUUUCAACCGAUACCAAGAAGUGAUGAUAUGAAUACGGAUGUUCGUCGACACAUAACACUUAUUCAUGCGACUUUGCCAGGCGAAGAAAUGAAUUUUGAUUUUUCGAAAAGUUUUUCGAUAAUAGAUUUGCAUGCUACGGAAAUUUUUCACUAUUGCACAAAGUUGGCCAAUAACAGCUCUUUGAUAAAUUUCAACACAUCAAUUGCAUAUCAAUUACAUCGUCUGGAUUAUGCGGAAAUGGUUUCGGAAUUUGGAAAUUCAGCAGGAGAUGCUUUUCGAUAUUGCGUUGAAAUUGCGAAGGAAAUUUGGAAUAGACAUCAUGAAAUCGAUAUCGAACAGCUUGAACGACUUUAUGAACUUGCUGAACGUCUAAAAUUCGUCGCAUCCGCAGAAACAAACAGUACAGUUUGGAUUCCAGCAUUGCGGUCUUUCAUAGAUAACCAGAAAAAGGUAACUGAGGAAAGUAAAGUGAUACAAGAUGAUGCUACCACAAAUAUCGAUCGUAACAAUGAAGAUGUUGGUUUAAUCAUGGUACCAAAAGUAUCACCGCAAAUUGAAACGCCGGUGAAUUUCACUGAGAAAAGCAACAGCCAAGAGAAUGAGUUUGUUAACAUGACAACAUUGGGAUCUGAGACAGUCAAAUGGCAUAUUGGACAGGAGGCAGCUACUUUCUCAACAAUUCCAGUCAAGCAGCACGAAGCAGAAAGUCAAAAAGCUACUGAAAAUAACGAUUAUCAAAUGCAGCCAGUGCAACCACGAGAGAGGAUUGAAACGCAUAGCAACACGAACGCAUCGGUAAAUUCUCAGUGCACAUCACUUCUUCCGCCAGUUCUAUCAACUAGUACGAAUGAUUCUGUUGAAAGUAGUGUUACAAGUCAUACAACAGUUAUUUCUCCUUCAUUGCUGCAAGCAAAUGAACAAAUUUCACAUGAAGCAGUGCAAAAUUAUUACGAUGAUAAUAGCACUUAUGAUUGGAAAGUUUUGAAAAUGAAACAACAAACUGAUUCGAAAAGAGUAAAUAACGAAAUAGUGGCAGAAUGUGUAACAGAUAAUAAUACUUCUACUACAAUUAGUCAUGAAAAUACUUCACGUGGAAAUGUUGAUCAUUUGGAAGCAAAAAUUCCAAACGGAAUGCUACCUACAGGAACAACAGGAAGGCAAAUUCAAGGAACAUUUCAAUCCGCUCAUAUAUCUCCAAUAAUUCAAAAUUCAGAACUUUCAUUUCCCUCCCAGCAACAAUCAAAUAUGGUUAAAAAAGAUGAACAGGCACAUAAUGGCGAGAAACUUAUAAACGAUCAUCGUCAGAAUCCUGGAUUAUUUUCAAAACUAAAAGCAACAAUUGCAAAAGCAAUUCCAUCAAGCAAUGAAAUGAUUCUUCCAGACGAUAAGCAUCCAUCGAUUGUAUGGGAUCCAAAGCUUAACAGAUAUGUUGGUGAAGGAAUUGAGGAAGAAUCUGUUCCGGAACCGCCACCAUCAAUUACAGGAACUUCGGAAAAGUUAAACGAAUCGACAUAUGUUAAGGCUGGUGGAUUGACUGCUGCUCGACUAAGUGGUGGAUCAAGAUAUUUCAAUCCACUUAUCGAAACAUCAUCUUCUAAGCCAAGAGCUCAUACCGCUCCUCUUUUACCACCAGUACCUGCUUCCGCUAGUUUUGGUUUCAUACCAUCAAUGCCUGAUGACAAUGAAGCAUCUACAGAAAGUCCGUUCAGUGUUGACACUACUCCGUUAUCAAAAGAGGCUGAAACUGCUGAAUAA